GAUAACUGAAAAAACCUUGUUCAAUGUUUGUGGUGUAAGCUCAUCAAAAGAUGCUUGUAUUGCAUGUAUUAGGUCCAUUAUGUAUUUUGGUGCCUUUUGAUCCUUUAUGCAAUCAAUUUCUCUGAAAAACCCCAAGUCCAUUUAAAUCUGGAUUGUUGGGUGGUUGACAUCUAAGUUGGAUGUUCCAGCCAUCUUCAGUUCCUGAUUUCACAAAUUUUGUGUCCUUAACAUCAAUAUGAGGUCUAGCAUUGUCUUGUUGUAUGAUAUCUAACUUAUCUGCUAACUGUGGCCACUUCUAUUUGAUUGCUGGCAAUAUGUUGUUCAACAUCAUUUCUUUAAUGACUGGCCUAGUAAUGCUUAAAGUGGGCUUAGUUUCUAAGGUUCUAGCAUGCAUAUUCUUGCUUGAUCUCUUUGUUGUAUCUUCAUAUGUGAAAGGGAAAAUGCCUAUUUUCCUAUCCCACAAUACAUCCCCAUCACUUGCUAUUCUUGGCCUUCCAACAACAGCAAGGAACAUGAUUUUAGGAAUAAGCUUCUUUGACUGGGCAGUUCUAUAUGGAUCAAGCUCUGUGAGAAGAGUAUAAAAAGUACUGGUCUUUUUUGACAAGUACAACCACUUUUCAUCUAUGUGAAUGUAGUCAUAAAAAUCAUGAAAUGAUGGGAAAAGUGGACUAUUCAGGCUUUACAUGGUUUAAACAAAACUCUAACCUCCUCAUUUUCACAGCUUUUGUUAACAAUGGCUUGAUUGCAUUGGAGUAGCUUCUUAUCUCCUUACUUUUAAACUAUCUUUGCACUGUUGACUUUGAAACAUUCAUUGCAAAUGUCUAUGCUCUCAUAUUUUUUCUCUAAAUAUAAAGAAUUUUUUGCAAUUUGUUGCAUAUCAAAAUAAACUUUUUUGGCCCUACAUUUCCUUUCCACUUACUUUGCACAUUGAUGGUCUCUCCACUAUGCAUUUGCUCCUUUGUUUUUAGUCACAAUUUUUGGACUGUCCGAGUAGAUAUGUUAAAAUCAUUGGCUAACUUAGUUAUAAUGCCCCUCUGAAGUUUUCCCUCACAAGCAUGACCCAACAGAUUUUCAAUGAUGCGACUUCUGUCUUGUGGUGACAACUUAGGACAUUUUUUAUUGAAGGGUUGACGACUCUGUCCUUCAUUAUCUGUGUGGAUUGUGUGUGUGUGUGUGUGGUUGUGCAGGUCCAGAGGCUGUUAGGUCUGCAACGAAUAUGGUGUCUUGUUCUGGCAGGGGCAUGGUGUCUUCAUGUGGUAGGGGAGCCACAUUGAGGUCCAAAAUACCACACGACUGCUGAGAAAAGGCUGCCCCUUCACUGUCCAUUUCUGGAAGAAGACUUUAAAGUAGAAGUAGAAGUCUUUUUUUUUUUUGUAAAAAUAGAGGCAGUUGGGUGUAUUGAAUGUGGUGUUUUAUACUGGUAGGAGUUUGUGAAUGUAAUGUGCC